GUUAUGACGUUAUGGUUGUUUUUUUUUUGUUAUUGAUAAAUGACUUUAUAUCUUGUCCAUUAAUUCAAUAACAUUUUUGUCAUUUUUAUUUAGAGAAGAGGAUAAUUAAAUAGAUACGAUUCAUUCAUUGGAUCCAGAAUUUAUAAACAAUACCAAAGUUCAUAAUACAAGAAAAAAAAAGAAAACGUUUCAUUUAAUUGAAAGAAAUGUACUGUCAACGUUAUCUAUCAACGAUCAUUUCGACACAACGAACCAUUUGUUCAUCGCCAUCGUUAUCAUCAUCAUCAAUAUUCGGGCAGCAUUUUCGUUUAAAUGUUAAUGAAACUACCAAACUAGUUUCAAAUGUACGAUGCUUGUCUAGUCAGUCACCGAUAUUCAUUCCACCAACAAUAAAAUCGUGUCAUGUGGAAAAUGAAUCAAUGUUUGCUUAUCAACCUAGUUCUAAGGAACGUAUAGAACUGGAACAACGGAUUCAAAACUAUCUUGGAACAGUAACCGAAAUACCAUUGGUUAUUGGUGGUGAAGAAAUAACCACCGGCAAUAUUGAAACACAAUUAGUACCAUUCGAUCAUGGCCAUAUUCUUGCUAAAUAUCACGUGGCUACACCAGAAUUGGCUAAGCAAGCCAUAGAGAAAAGUUUGGCUAAGAAUAUUGAAUGGUCACAGACUGAUGUUAAUCAUCGAAUUGAUUGUUUGCUGAAAGCGGCUGAAUUAUCUAGUGGCAAAUAUCGCCAAGAUCUUAAUGCGGCGACCAUUUUGGGUCAGGGAAAAACGUUUGCACAGGCCGAAAUUGAUUCAGCGGCUGAAUUGGCUGAUUUUUUUCGUUUCAAUGCACAUUACCUCGAGCAGAUUUACCGUUAUCAACCAUUGAGUCCUUCGCCAUCAGAGACUAGAAAUGCUUUUCGUAUUCGUGGUUUGGAAGGUUUUGUUGCGGCGAUAUCACCAUUUAAUUUCACGGCCAUUGCUGCCAAUCUUUCAUCAGCGCCAGCAUUGGUUGGCAAUGCUGUCGUCUGGAAACCAAGUCCAAAUGCUUUACUUUCGAAUUGGAUCGUAUUUAAAAUUCUUCGUGAGGCUAAUUUUGCCCCCGGUGUCAUCAGCUUUCUGCCAUCAACACCUGAAACAUUCAGUCAAAAUGUGAUUGCUUCCCCUGAUUUGGCUGCCGUAAAUUUUACUGGAAGUGUGGCUACAUUUCGUGCCAUUUGGAAAACGGUGGCAGCCAACUUGGACAAUAAUAAAACAUUUCCUCGAUUGGUCGGUGAAUGUGGUGGUAAAGAUUUUCAUUUCAUUCAUCCUUCAGCCGAUUUGGAUACUGCAAUUGCACAGACCAUAAGGGCUGCAUUUGAAUACAGUGGUCAAAAAUGUUCAGCUUGUUCGCGUCUGUAUGUACCAAAAUCUGUUUGGCCAACGGUAAAGGACCGUUUAGUUGAAAUAACUGCUUCACUAAAAGUUGGAUCACCACUCGAACCGGACACCUAUUUAUCAGCAGUCAUCAACGAAGCAUCAUGGGAUCGUAAUACAUCAUUUUUAAAUCAUGCAAAGCAAAAUUCAUCCGAUCACAAAAUAUUGGUCGGUGGUCAAUCGGAUAAACAGAAAGGUUAUUUUGUUCAGCCAACUAUUGUUAAAACUACGGAUCCUCGAAGUAAAUUAAUGACAACGGAAAUUUUUGGUCCAAUUUUGACCGUCUAUGUCUUUGAUGAUAAUAACAUUAAUGAAACACUUGACUUGGUGGACAAAUCAACGCCAUAUGGUCUAACUGGAGCCAUAUUUGGUCAAGAUCGUGAUUUUCUUCGUAAAGCUACAGAAAAAUUGAAAUUUGCAGCAGGAAAUUUCUACAUUAAUGAUAAAUGUACGGGAGCCAUAGUUGCACAACAACCGUUCGGUGGUGCACGACUUUCUGGUACCAAUGAUAAAGCUGGUGCUCCUCAAUAUCUUUAUCGUUGGAUUUCUCCACAGAAUAUUAAAGAAACAUUUGUUCCAUCACCAAAUUGGAAAUGAUCAGUUAACUAUGUUCCCUUAAGAAAAAAAAGUUUGAUAUCAAUUACAGAACUUUGACCUCCUCUUUAUAUUACCGGUUAAAAAAACUUAUUAAA